AUGUCAUUUUUUCGUGCAUUCAGUAGUAACAAUAAAGGCUUAGAACGAUCACGUAAUCGUAGUAAAAGUAGAAAUCGUUCUGAAAAUCUUUUUGGCAUACAAAAAUAUUCAUACUAUCGAGAUUUAGCUAUUCAAUCCGGUCAUUGUACGAUAUCAUCUGAACUUGCAUCACUUCGUCGUUCUCGUCUUCACCGGUCUCUCUACAAUCUUGUUUAUACACCUAAUGAUGAACUUAACUAUUUUAUACUCUACAUGGAAUCCUGUUCAUUAUCAUCCCAUUUAAAAUUUAUUCUUGAUGUUCAUGUCUACGAAAAAAUUGCUCGAGAAAAUUCCUCAAAGUCGAACGAUCAACAAGUUGCAGCAUUGAGUUUAUUCCAUCGCUAUUUAUCAAUAGAUGCAAAAUAUUUGAUUCCAAUGGAUGAUGAAAUCCGGCGACUAACUCUUUCAUUAAUUUGCCCAUCGAGUAAUAGUACGAUACCAGAUCCAAAUUGUUUUCAAAUGGCAAGAGAACAAACAUGGAAAUCAAUUGAAGAGAAUGCAUAUCCAGAUUAUUUAUCAUGUCCAUAUCAUGUCAAUUAUCAACUUAAAAUGUUAACUAGUAAUCAAUUACAAUUACAUGAUAUUUUCCAUCAUAGUUCAUCAUUAUCCUAUUUUAUGGAGUUCGCUGAACAAGAACAAAUUGUAGAUUUAGUCCGUUUUUGGCUUGCAGUUGAAGAUUUUUAUCAACGAACAAUGAAUCGAAUGAUUGAUAAUCAAAUAUUAAGUGAAAAUGCAUUAUCUAUUUAUGAUCAAUAUAUAUCAUUACAAGCACGAUCACGAUUAGGAUUCGAUGAUGCUAUUCGAGCACGAAUCGAAUGCAGUAUUUGUCAACCUGACAUUGAUGCAGGCCCAUCAAACGAUACAUUUGAUCAAGCUGCAUGGAUUGUUUAUGUUAUAUUACAACGUGAAUAUUUUCCUCGGUUUUUACAAAGUGUUCCAUUCUAUCGACAUAUCAGUGAUCUUAUGGUAAAAUUACGUAAUGAAGAUGCAUCACUGACAUCACGACCUACAAAAACGAUUGAACCUGACGAAAUAUCGACUCAUUCUGAUAAUCCACUGCUUGCAACUUCUUCGCCACCACCAAUAGAUAGAACUAGACAAUCACGACAAAGAAAUCCAAGUGUUUCUUCAUCAACUGCAAGUCUAAAUCAAGAAACGGCAAGUAAAUCAAAAGGAAAAUUUUCUAUGGGUUAUAUCGAUCCAUUAGGUCGUUUUAUUCGCGAUCCCGAUGUUGAUUCUAUUGAUGGAAUUUCUUCUUCAAAUCGUAAAACAUCAUCAAAUCCAAUUCAAUUUUUUUCUAAUUUAGUUCGAAAUGAACAAGAAGAACGCGCAAUGGAAGAAGCCGCUGCCCUAUUCGCUGAAACAUUUAUUAAUGAAAUAACCAGUAUGACGGCCAAUAUAGAUAACGAAUGA